AUGGAAGGACAGGGUUAUGGCUACCCACAGCAGGAUCAGAGCCUUCAAUUCUUCCCCACGAGCUACAGCGAUGACGAUGGCAUGUCGGGAGGAGGUGGAUUCGACUUCAAUGCUGCAGGGGCUGAGGGCUCUGGUCAAUUCAUGAGCCAACCCCUGGGCUUGAGCUCGAGUGGGCACAUGGAGGGAAACACCAGCGGAUUCGAAGAUGAGCCACCACUUCUCGAAGAGCUGGGCAUCAAUCUUACGCACAUUCGAGUGAAAACGCUGGCCGUGCUCAAUCCUAUGUCACGCCUCGAUGCAGAGAUCAUCGGUGACCGCGACUUGGCCGGACCCAUCAUGUUCUGCCUCCUCCUGGGUGCCAUCCUUUUGCUGUCGGGCAAGGUGCACUUUGGCUACAUCUACGGCAUCGGCGUGCUGGGCUGCCUGGGCGUCUACGUGAUGAUGAACCUGCUGAGCGAGCGGGGCAUCGACAUCUACAAGACGGCCAGCAUCCUGGGCUACUGCCUCCUGCCGGUGAUCGGCCUCGCCGGCCUGUCCAUCUUCAUCCGCAUGAACUCGAUCGUCGGCUACGUACUGGCCGUCGUGUGCAUCGGCUGGUGCACCCACUCGGCCGCGCUCAUGUUCGUGACCCUGCUCACCAUGAAGGACCAGCACAUCCUCGUCGCCUACCCCAUCGGCCUCCUCUACGCCUGCUUCGCGCUCAUCUCCGUCUUCUGA